AUGAACGGAUUGCAUCGGAUAAUCCUUCAUCUGGGGUGGCUCGUGGUUCCGAUCCUCAUCAUUCCAGUUGUCACCAGCAAAAUGAUGAACAUUGCUUUGGGAACCGGCAACGUGGGUCUUAGCAAUCGAGAAUGGCAUGAUAUAAAGGAACCAGUUGAAAGCUUCCUACUCGGAAUAUACCUGACCGCAUUUUCACAAUGGUGGUGGGCUACCAAACGUGCCUCUGUGGAUAGCUCUCAGAAGCAGAUGCGCUUCGACCAAGUUCAGGCAGGUCACUCAGAUCGGGGGCGGCUUAGCAGAGAUGCCCCCGCGGAUGCAAACCAGAACUUGAUACUUUCUGAGGUGCUCGAAGGGCUUCAGAAUGUUCAGAGUCGGCUGAUGAAUGAUUCUCAGAACUCUCAGCCGGAAUCUCCGACCAUAAAGUCUUUUGAAGAUCACAACAGCGGCCUUGCCAAUGCUGAUCCCGGUACCAGAAGCAAUGUAGGAAACACCCACCAGCGAGACAGCGCCAACGCUGGCCUCCCAGAGCAAGCUAUAUCGGAGAAAUCCGGGUUUUCGUCAGGCAAUGCACAACCGCCCUCCAAAGAGAACCAUGAGGAGGAUUCAAUCCAACAAGACGAUAUGAGGAAUGCAAGCCAGGGCGAAUCGAAGGUGUUGAGUGCAAACGCACCGAAGGAACAUGCUUCAGAAAAAAGUGGAUUUCCAAUACAAGCACCGAAGGCCGAGUCCUUGCAAGAAAGCCCAUCAUCGCUAGUGACAACAGUACCGCAAGGCUCAGCACACGGUGAGCUGAAAAUAAGCACUGAGGAAGCCCAGUAUCCUGUCUGUCAAGACCGCCGAUCUAAUCGUCAACCCCAGGAGGCUUUGGUUGAACAAAAUCUGGCGUCUGCGCUUUCACCAAUAGCCGACAAUUCUCUGAGACAUGACCAGCAAUCGACUCACAGGAACAUGGCGAGCGGGUCUAAGUCCUCAAUCAGAAAGCCCCCAACGAAGCGAAGCGAAGCUCCAACAUUUUCACUCAUGGGCCAAAAGUCAGAAGGGCAAGACCAAUUAUCAGACAUUAUAGCCGGCGCAAGAGAGCCGAAGUCCAGCGACAGAAAGCUAGGGAAGUCCAAUGCUAUACGCCCUGAAUCAACUCCUUACUUAUCCAACCCCCCAGCAAAACCCUCUCCGACGGAUUCUGGGUCGGGAAGGGGCAAUACCACCACCGCAGCACACACCCAAACCCCUCUCAUCUCAAACCAGCCACACUUACCUAUGGACGUCAUCUCUUCUGAACCCUCAGGGUCCACGGAAUCUGCCCUUCCACCAGCAGGAGUUCCCGCCUCGCUUCAACGCCAAGAGCGCAAUGAGGCAAAUGAUAAGGACGACGAUGAUAAAGUUACAAACACUACCUCGAUGAGUACGCCAGAGCCGGGGGUGCCUUUUGUCCUGCCUGAGCGAGAUGGUGUCGCACCAUCUGCAUGGAAGGGUGAAAGUGAGGUCGAUGGUAAUGGUGAGUGCAAGGGCAAGGAAACAGGAGAGGGCGAGGGUAUCGGUAGUACAGGGAGUGAGAAUGCUAGAGUGAAAAGUGAGGAGAGGCGAGAGGAGACCGCCGACCCCGAGGGGUCCGAUCACUUCGCCAUUGCGAACUCAGUCGUCGAUCCGACCUUAACAAAUCUUCAUACAGAGGAGGCCACCAAGAAGUACACAGCCAAAUCCGCUCUCACGGAAGAAUUUGGCGAGAAGAACCUGGCUGGCUUUAAGGAAAUGGAAUGUCACGAAAUACCUCAAGGCCACGACCUGGAUCUAGAAUAG